AUGUCACCUUCUGCAUUUUCCAGCACCGGCAACGGCGGCACCUCUCGGCCGCUGACCCGGGGUAUCUACGUGCCGACCGUGGCCUUCUUCGACGCGGACACGGAAGAUCUCGACACCAAGACCACCGGGCGGCACGCGGUGCGGCUGGCGAAGGCCGGCGUCGCCGGCAUCGCCGUGCAGGGGUCCAACGGCGAGGCCGUCCACCUGCUGCGCGAGGAGCGCGUGGCCGUGACGCAGGCGACCCGGCAGGCGCUCGACGCCGCGGGCUUCACCUCCACGCCGCUCAUCGUCGGGUGCGGCGCGCAGUCGACCCUCGAGGCCGUGCGGCUGUGCCAGGACGCCGCGGCCGCCGGCGGCGACUACGCGCUGGUCCUGCCUCCCAGCUACUACUGCGGGCUCUUUGACGGCGCCGCGACGGUCACGGAGUUCUUCACCGCCGUGGCCGACGCCUCGCCCAUCCCCAUCCUCGUGUACAACUACCCCGGCGCCACGCCGGGCGUCGACCUCGGCUCCGACACGCUGGCGGCCCUCGCACGCCACCCCAACGUCGCGGGCUGCAAGUUCACGUGCGGCAACACGGGCAAGCUGGGCCGCGUGGCGGCGGCCGCACGCGCGGCUGGUGACGACUUUUUGUGCUUCGCGGGGUCGGCCGACUUCACGCUGCCGGCGCUGGCCGCGGGCGGCGCUGGCGUCAUCGGCGGCCUGGCCAACGUCGCACCGCGCGCGUGCGUGCGCGUCUUCGACGUCGCGGAGAAGGAGGGCGUGCUGUCGCCGGAGGCGGUCCGCCUGCAGGAGGUGGUCGCCCGCGGGGACUGGGUGGCCAUCCAGACGGGCGUCGUCGGCGUCAAGGCCGCGCUCAACGAGUAUGCCGGCUACGGGGGCUUCUCGCGCAGGCCGCUGCCCCGGCCGGACGCGGCCAAGACGAAGGUGAUUGCGGACGGGCUCAAGGAGCUGAUGGAGCUGGAGAAUUCUCUGCAAGAUAAGGCUUAA